GCACCAUGGAGAGCCCCCGCUUUCGGCUGCUGCCCCUCCUGGGUGCCGCCCUCCUGUUGCUGCUACCUCUGCUGGGCGCCCGUGCCCAGGAGGACGCCGAGCUCCAGCCCCGAGCCCUGGACAUCUACUCUGCCGUGGAGGAUGCCUCCCAUGAGAAGGAGCUGAUCGAAGCACUGCAGGAAGUCCUGAAGAAGCUCAAGAGUAAGCGCAUUCCCAUCUAUGAGAAGAAGUACGGACAAGUCCCCAUGUGUGACGCCGGCGAGAAGUGCGCAGUGCGAAAAGGAGCGAGAAUCGGGAAGCUGUGCGACUGUCCCCGAGGAACCUCCUGCAAUUCCUUCCUCCUGAAGUGCUUAUGAAGCGUCCAC